UCUUCUCGGUCCCCAGACCACCACUUCUAUGACGAGUCCAAGCCCUUCACUUGCCUGGACGGCUCGGCCACCAUCCCCUCGGAUCAGGUCAACGACGAUUACUGUGACUGCCAGGAUGGCUCCGACGAGCCCGGCACGGCCGCCUGUCCUAACGGCAGCUUCCACUGCACCAACACUGGCUAUAAGCCCCUGUACAUCCCCUCCAGCCGAGUCAACGAUGGAAUUUGUGACUGCUGUGACGGGACGGAUGAAUACAACAGCGGCAUCAUCUGCGAGAACACCUGCAAAGAGAAGGGCAGGAAGGAGAGGGAGACGCUGCAGCAGAUGGCCGAGGUCACCCGGGAGGGCUUCCGCCUGAAGAAGAUCUUCAUUGAGGACUGGAAGAAGGCCCGGGAGGAGAAGGAGAAAAAGCUCACUGAGCUGCAGGAGGGAAAGAAGUCCCUGGAGGACCAGGUGGAGAUGCUGCGGAUGGUGAAGGAGGAGGCCGAGAAGCCGGAGAAGGAGGCCAAGGAGCAGCACCGGAAGCGGUGGGAAGAGCAGCAGGCCGCCUCCAAGGCCCAGCAGGAGCAGGAGCUGGCAGCGGGCGCCUUCCAGGAGCUAGAUGACGACGCAGAUGGGAUGGUCACAGUGGCCGAACUGCAGACCCACCCGGAGCUGGACACGGAUGGGGACGGGGUGCUCUCCGAAGGGGAAGCCCAGGCCCUCCUUGGAGGGGACUCACAGACAGACGCCAGCACCUUUUAUGACCGCAUCUGGUCCGCCAUCAGGGACAAGUACCAGUCUGAGGUGCUGCCCACUGACUUGCCAGCACCUACCACUGACCCUGCGGAGCCCACAGAAGGGCAGCUGCCCCCAGUGCCUUCACCCACGGAAGAGGAGGAGGAGGAGGAAGAGGCUGCUGAGGAGGAGGAAGAAGAGGAGGAGGAGGAGCUCGAGGUGCAGGGAGGGCAGCCCAAGGAAGCCCUGCCCCCUCAGGUGCCCCCCCAGGCAGCCAGCCCCCCAGAGGAGGACAAGCUGCCGCCCUAUGACGAGCAGACGCAAGCUUUCAUAGACGGUGAGGCUGCGGGGCGGGGCCACUGCGCUCACCUCUCCUGCUCCCUAAGCAAUCUCCCUGCCUCCACUGACUGGCAGCGGUCCCUGGUCCAGGCUCCACCAUGCCUGCUGGUGGCUGGGUGUCGGGGGGCGGGGAUGGUUCUGGCACCCCGCCUAGCAGCCCAGGGACCCUCCUGCCUCCCUAUGGGCUGCAGCUGUUUUGCCACCAUCAGAAGGCAAGGGUGCCCCUUCAAGCUCGUCUCUCAGAAACCCAAACUCGGAGGCUCCCCCACCAACCUUGGUACGUGGGGCGCCUGGGCCGGACCCGACCACGACAAGUUUAGUGCCAUGAAGUAUGAACAGGGCACAGGCUGUUGGCAGGGCCCCAACCGCUCCACCACUGUACGGCUCCUAUGUGGGAAGGAGACAGUGGUGACCAGCACCACAGAGCCCAGCCGCUGCGAGUACCUGAUGGAGCUGACGACGCCGGCCGCCUGCCCUGAACCGCCACCCGAGCUGCCCACCGACAGUGACCACGACGAGCUCUAGCCAGCCCCGAGCCGAGAACCUCAGGGUCUGACCCGCAGGCUGACCCCCAGCCCUCAUGACAGACCCAGGCUGCCCACUGCGACCUCCGACCUCCGACCUCCGACCUCCGUGGAGGACAGGACAGUGAGCUGUCUGAUCUCGGGGACUCGCUGAGCCAUCCCCCCAGGCCCUGGGGGCCUCAGAGACAAUGAAAGACUCCCUGCCUCC